CUGAUAUGCUGACUGUGCAUAUGUGCAACACAAGUCUCAACACGGAGUCGAGUUUGACCAGUCUGAGGCUAGCCUAGCCCCAUAUAUAUCAGGAUGAAGCUGAAAUGCCUACAUGUAAUUUUGCUAGUUUUUCUUAUAUCUCUGCUAGAUCUAUUUGUAUUCAAGCUACUAGAUCUACGACAGACACAACCACAACAUUCAUUUCAUAUGGCAACAAAUAAAAGUUUAGAUUCCUCUCUUGUGGAACAAAGUCUCGAAGACAACAACUCCUCUCCUGUGGAACAAAGUCUCCAAGAGAAUAAUUACUCACUGUCUGAUCUACCCCCCAAAUCAGCUCUCUGGACAGACAAGAUCCACCUGUGUAUCAAUUUCAACCUAAACGGAAUAAAACCAAACAAACAGGUCACUGAAACUCUAAUGUCUUACUAUCUUCCAUUCUUCAAAAAAAUCACCCUUAUAUUUGAUGGAUACUGGUCAAGGCCUGACUAUGUGCCUGAGUUAGUGGACUUCAUCAGUUGUGACUCUCAUAUUGGUUGGUAUCAGCACAAGUGCAUACGAACGUGCAUUCAACGUGGCUCUGAAGAGACUAAAGGUUUCCUGUACAUUGCUGACGACAUGUUUAUUAACCUAACAAAAAUGGCCGAGCUACCAACUACAAAGCUGUGGAUGGUUGACAGUGAAGUAUGCAGCUACUCAAAGAUAUUGAAUCUAGGCCAUCCAGGUUGCGAAUGGCCAUGGUGGGGUCCUCCGACCAACGGAGCAAAGAACCUGGAUAUUGUAAUCAAAAGUUUACCAGCCAAAUGGAAGGAGCAACUGGUGAAGACAGCUGGUUUUCCGGACCAUUUCAAAAGUUACUGUACUUCUGACAUUAUUUACAUCCCUCAAGCACUUGUUACGGACAUGACACACGUACUUGACCACAUUAUAAACACAGCCAAACUAUUUUGCGAAAUUGCAACUAUUUUAGCCGUGAAUAUUGUGGCUCGUAAUAGAACCACAUUGGUGAAUGGUUAUCUGUGGGGCGAUAAAAGUAUGGCAGCCAUUAAGCAAAGGGCAACUACUGCACACUUUGUGCAUCCUGUCAAGCUUGGACUUCAAGCUUAUUUGGAUAUUUGGAUCCAAUUCAUGGAAAAGGAACUCUCUAUUAACAAUAGGGAAUUACAAUACCAGAAUAAAUCUACAUGACUGCAUGUAUGCAUGUAUAUUAUUAUUAUUUUUUAUUUUAUUAUUAUUAAGACUUUACAGCCUGUAACGUGAAUGAUAUAAAAACAAGUGA